AUGGUCAGCUCCUGUUGCGGCUCUGUCUGCUCUGAGGAGGGCUGUGGCCAAGGCUGCUGCCAGCCCAGCUGCUGCCAGACUACCUGCUGUAGGACCACCUGCUGCCGCCCCACCUGCUGUGUGUCCAGCUGCUGCAGGCCCAGCUGUUGUGUGUCCAGCUGCUGCAGACCCCAGUGCUGCCAGUCUGUGUGCUGCCAGCCCACCUGCUGCCGCCCCAGCUGCUGCAUUUCUAGCUGCUGCAGGCCUUCUUGCUGCCAACCAAGCUGCUGUGUGUCCAGCUGUUGCAGGCCUUCUUGUUGCAUUUCUAGCUGCUGCAGGCCUUCCUGCUGCCGCCCCAGCUGCUGUGUGUCCAGCUGCUGCAGACCUUCUUGCUGCAUUUCCAGCUGCUGCCGCCCCAGCUGCUGUGUUUCCAGUUGCUGCAGACCCCAGUGCUGCAUCUCCAGCUGCUGCCGUCCCACCUGUUGCCAGACCACCUGUUGCCGCCCCACUUGCUGCCAGACCACUUGCUGCAGGACCACCUGUUGCCGCCCAGCAUGCUCUAGUGGUUCUUGCUGCUAA